AAAAAGUAGGGAAAAUAACAUUUAUGAAGUUCUGAUUGUGAGCCCCACACCAGGAGAGGUGUUCCACAUUCCUCUCCUCAUUUAACCUUCACAACAGCCUGCGUUAACAGGAGUUAGAGCAGUGAGGAGGCCAGGCCCCAGGUCACAGGGGCUCAACAGUGGAGGUCAGGUUUGUUCUCCCUCUAUAUUCUGGGAUUUUCCCAUCAAGUUGUUGCAGAAUGGAAAGAUAAGCAGGUGGAGAGUCUGCAUAGAUUUCCUUGCAGGGUAAGAGGUUCAGAAAGACAGCUUCAGACCUCUCUGAGGUCAGGGGCUGAAAUUCUCCAAACCCUGCCUUUUAACAGUUUGGACCAGUCAACUCCUUAGGGGUCAAAGUCUGUCUUUGAAGCUGCAACCAGACCCCACUAGUAUCAUCAAAGAUGAUGGCUUACCCCAAUCCUUCCCUCACCAUGGGAAAAUAACAACACACCUGCACAGCAGCCCACAAGGGUGGGCUGGUAGCUGUACCAUUGAUAUAGAAAGAUAUAACACGUUUUUUACUUUAAGAGUCUGUGUGAGAGGAAAAUCCAGAAAGGUGCAAAGUGGGUGAGAGCUUAAACAGCCUAGGACUGAUGGGCCACUCUUCCUUUUCCCUUCCAGAUGUCACAGUGGAUCCUUGACCUCCAGGGCCCAUUAAGGUGAGAACAGAUCUUUGGGCUGGUUGGCUCUACACUGAGUGAAAAGCAGUCAUGGAGAUGGCGGAAGGGGGACUCAAUGGGAGCCAGGCAUGGCUGUCCUCUCCAUUUGACCUCAAUGGUUCAUUGGUGGCAACCAACGGCUCAAACCAGACAGAGCCAUACUACGACGUGACGAGCAAUGCAGUCCUCACACUCAUAUAUUUUGUGGUCUGCAUCAUUGGGCUGUGUGGCAACACGCUUGUUAUUUAUGUCAUCCUCCGUUACGCCAAGAUGAAGACCAUCACCAACAUUUACAUCCUCAACCUGGCCAUCGCGGAUGAGCUCUUCAUGCUAGGACUGCCCUUCUUGGCCAUGCAGGUAGCACUGGUCCACUGGCCCUUUGGCAAGGCCAUUUGCCGAGUGGUCAUGACUGUGGAUGGCAUCAACCAGUUCACGAGCAUCUUCUGCUUGACAGUCAUGAGCAUCGACCGCUACCUAGCUGUGGUCCACCCCAUCAAGUCGGCCAAGUGGAGGAGACCCCGGACAGCCAAGAUGAUCAAUGUGGCUGUGUGGGGCAUCUCCCUGCUUGUCAUCUUGCCUAUCAUGAUAUAUGCUGGCCUUCGGAGCAACCAGUGGGGACGAAGCAGCUGCACCAUCAACUGGCCAGGUGAAUCUGGGGCGUGGUACACGGGGUUCAUUAUCUACGCUUUCAUCUUAGGGUUCCUGGUUCCCCUCACCAUCAUCUGUCUUUGCUACCUGUUCAUUAUCAUCAAGGUGAAGUCCUCUGGAAUCCGAGUGGGAUCCUCCAAGAGGAAAAAGUCUGAGAGGAAGGUUACCCGGAUGGUGUCCAUAGUGGUGGCUGUCUUCAUUUUUUGCUGGCUCCCCUUCUACAUAUUCAAUGUCUUUUCCGUCUCUGUGGCCAUCGAUCCCACCCCAGCCCUUAAAGGCAUGUUCGACUUUGUGGUGGUCCUCACCUAUGCUAACAGUUGUGCCAAUCCUAUCCUGUAUGCUUUCUUAUCUGACAACUUCAAGAAGAGCUUCCAGAAUGUUCUCUGCUUGGUCAAGGUGAGUGGCACAGAUGAUGGGGAACGGAGUGACAGUAAGCAGGACAAAUCCCGGCUGAAUGAGACCACAGAGACCCAGAGGACCCUCCUCAAUGGAGACCUCCAAACCAGUAUCUGAACUGCCUGGAGAAAAACAAAAACAAAAACAAGACAAACCCUGCUUCCUGGCAAUGGGCUCUCACCCUUUUC